AUGCAAGAGAUUUCUAGCCCGUUACCUGAAUCCACUCCCAUGGAUCAGGAUUUUGAAAGCGCUAUUGUUGAACAAGAAUUAUUACCUUCAGAAGGGGCUCAAGCUUAUGGAAUCUCCUUUAAAGCCCCCGAUUCUGGUAUAGCCAAUCCAAUUUCUCAAUCUAUAAGUGAAAGAGUUGUUAGACCUGCUUCGAAUGCUAAUCUUGACACAUUUUUAUCUUCUAGUCCUGCUUCUGCUCAAGAAAGAAGAAAGAAGCAAAUCAUGAUUGAGAAAUUGAAAGGGAAGAUGCUAGUGAUGAAGCAUUCAGACUAA